GUCGUCAGUUGUGCGCCACACGGCAAUGGCGUAUGGUGUUCGUGGUUUUUUGUUAUCGUUCGUACUUUGCCGACAGCUGAUAUCGUGGUCUUUUCAAAACAGACAACGCGGGUGCACAUAAAUCAUUACUCGAAAGAUCAUCAUACACGUAACUGUAAUUUCGAAAAGCCGUGGUAUUACGAUCUCGCAGAAUCCUGGAUGAUCUACAAGUGAUCCAAUAUGGCGUCGACCGAUCUGUCGUUCGGCUGCAUACCAGCGUUCUACAGAGAAGUCUACGAGAAGAUCUGCUCUCCCACGAGUGGAAAUGUGGAACGAGAGGUGUUUAAAUCCCUUCUUGUCAAGUCCCAGCUGAGUAGCUCCGUUCUCAGCCAGAUAUGGGAACUGGUGGACAGCAAGAUGGGUUAUUUGACCAGGAGCGGAUUAUACAAGGGUCUUGCUCUAGUCGCUUUUGCUCAGCAAGGAAAACACCCCAGCGACAAACUUUUGGAGAACUCCGAGUCUCAAGAAUUGCCUGUUCCUGUACUGGGUGACCUAUCCGAGGUAACACUCCUGGCCCAAAGGCUGCAGAAAGGUAGCAAUCCUGCAAAACUGAAUCUCACCUAUUCGGAUAUAUGUAAUUUGGACACGAUAGAAGUUAAUCUAGUGCCUGAGAAGAAGGGAAUUUUUCUAAAACACGUGGAAUAUCAAGUAACGAGCAAGAGAUUUAAUUCCGUCGUUUAUAGACGUUACAAUGAUUUCGUAUCGUUACACGAACUUCUCCUAGCAAGAUUUCCAUACAGGUUGAUACCGAAAUUACCACCAAAAAAGAUUGUAGGAGCGGAUUCCCAGUUUCUAGAAGAAAGGAGACGCUCUCUUUUAAGAUUCCUCACUGUAAUCGCUCGUCAUCCAGUGGUGAGCAAGGAUCAUAUCGUCCAGUUCUUCUUCACGUAUACCGGCGAAGAAACGCAACACAAAAUUCGCGAAGUAUUCAGGCGAAUACCUGACGAAUUUGCCACCUCAGAAUUAUCCUCGAGAGCGAAGGAACUGGUACCGCCUGAAACGUUAACCGAAUUUGCGAACAGUCGCGAUCAGAUCAGGGUGAUACUUCUUGGAAUCUCUCGAUUGAAAAACAUUGCUGAUUGUCUAGCAAUUAGAUCGCACAGCUACGCAGUUGACAUGGCGGAAUUAGGCACGCAGUUAAGUAAUUUAGCCUCGGAACCUCAUGGUACCACCACUUGGGCCAGUGGUGGUUCUACCGUUUGGCAAGAGAUGAAGAAAGGUUUUCAUAUCAUUUCAAAAGAAUUCAACCUACUCUCGACGAGAGCUCUUCAGCAAGCAGUCAGAGAAGAAACGAUGGUAUGUGAAAGGCUGAAUCUCCUUCUGGAUGUUUUAGUAGCUCAUAGAAUAUUAUGUGAGAGGCAUGAGCGUGGAGUCAGCGCUGACCAUCAACGCGCCUUGUCUACCAUGCUGUCCUUAAAGAAGAGGCAAAUGCAAGGAGUCAUUCGAGGCACUGAUAGCGACACGGUUGAGUACCUGGAAAAUAAGAUGGUCGCUCAGGAAUCUGUAAUUGCCAACGUCGAGCUACGAAAUUGCUUCUCAUUACAUUGCUUACACAUGGAGACACAACUCGUUCAUGCACACUUAGAGAUACUUGCUACAGUCUUACAGAGUCUUGUAAACGUGCAAAUUCGUGGACAUUCCGAGCUUGCUGAAGUGUGGAAGUUAAUAGAGCCAACGAUUAUGAAAUGUUUACCAGAGAAAUCAACCAGUGGUUCAAAUGGAAUUUCAUAGCGAAGAGAAUGUAUUAUUUUGUGUCAAAUUUUUACCUACUGCACAAAUUUCGCGAUUACAUAGAUCUAAACCCCUGUUGUGGAAGGUAAAACUCACUGGUAUAAGAUGGUUGUUAGAAAGAAAAAACUUUCAAUGUGAUUUUAAUAUACAACUUUAAAGCAUUCGUACCGAUUGAAUAUAUCCGAACAAGAUAUUAAACAUAUUAUAUGUAAUCGUAAUAAAUGCUAAUAAUUUUCAAAAAUCGGGUGCAAUAAAUAUUACCUACACUGACGUGUGUGUAGACCCAGAAUGUUGUAUAAUAUGGAAGAUAUACAAUUUCAAGACUUUUAAGACAUUCCUUGUUGUGUACUUAAUAUAUUUUAUGAGCUUAUUGAUAACCGCGAACUAGAUGAUAAUAUAAUGUUGUAUAUAUAUAUAUAAUAAGUUACGUUUUCUUUUGUAAAGUAAUUGCACAAUACAUCAAGAUAUCAGUAUAAAAA